GGCAAUUUAAUUGCUUUCUUCUCCGGCGCCAUGAAUGAAUGAGGGAUAGCUCAAUUACAAUGGAAGAAAACAAGGCGCAGCAACAUCAACAGCAACAGCAGCAAUUGUUGCAACAACAGCUGCUGAUGCAACAGAUCCAAAGGCAGAAAGAUGCUAUGUCACGGUUCCCCUCCAACAUCGACGCCCAUCUCCGCCCCCAGGGUCAGGCGCAGGCUCAGCACCCCUCUCUUCUCCAGUCCCGCCCUCUCACUAGCCCUAACCCUAAUCCUAAUUCUGCUCCCGCUCCCCAACAACCGAAUCAGCUCCACCCCAAUUCCAAUCCCAACCCAAACCCUAACCCUAAUUCCUCUUCUGCAUCGACUACUGUAAUUAACCAGCACCAGCAACAACAACAGCAGCAGCAGCAGCAGCAGCACAAGGCUUCUCUCCAGCUUGCUUAUCAAGACGCUUGGCGGGUCUGUCAUCCUGACUUCAAGCGCCCUUUCUCUUCCCUCGAGGAUGCCUGCGAGAGGCUAUUACCAUAUCAUGUCGUGGCAGAUUAUGAAGCAGAGGAAGAUGACAAGAUCCUUGAUACAGCCACCACAGGCCAAAUUCUUUCUCGCUCUCAGCAGUGGGACAAUAACAUUGCUGCCAAAGUAGCAGAAUUCACAGCUACAUUCGAGAAGCAAGUCUUGGCAUUCAACAUUAUUUCCCGCAAACGGGGUCUUGGGGAGUUUCGGACUGAAGAAAAGUUGAUGAUGGAGCAAUUUCUUUUACAAGAGGAGAAGCGGUCACUGCUGGAAUUAAGGGCUGAAAUGGAUUCGCGGCAGAAGGCUAGUCGAGAAAGUCAUGAAGCAAAUAUGCGGAUGGCAGCCAUGGCACAUGUGGAUCAGGCUCGUGCAGAAUCACAAGCGCAUGCAGAAAUGAUGGCCCGGGCUCCAAUAAGAGGAAGUGCACUUGGUUCUCGUGGUAAUAGCUCAAUUUCUGACAUGGGUGAGCAAGAGCAGGAUUUCCACCAGGAUGAAAUUAUGAAUGGGUGGGGGAGCAAUGCACAGAAAGAUGAUAGGGAGCCAUCUGAAGACUUUUUGAAUGAUGAUGAAACAGAAAAUGGAGAUAAUGCAUUGCAAAGCGAGUGGCCUGAAGGAGGUGAGCUAGAUCUGAAUGCGAGAUAAUUUGUUCAUCUUCAGAAUAACACAGCUCAGGGUUAAUAGUUUGAGGGUUGAAUAUGGCACCACACCGUUCAAUUCAAUCAGCAGUGUGUUAUUGAAAUAGGCUUGAGUUCAAUCAUCUUUAUAGUUUUCUUUGAUAUUAUGAUUGUGGUUGUUUGUGAGUAACAAAAGAGAUCAUGAAAGGAUGUAUGUUGUUGGUCUUUCCAUCUUGUAUAUCUUUCCUUUUUUAUCA